GCUCCGCCUCUGCUUCGCCACCUCCCUCCCCCCUCUCUCUCUACAAAUCUCUUCCACCUCUCUCGCCACGUCCAUCUCGCGCUCCAAAUUUCCCCGAGCUCCACCCCGCUUUGUUGCCUUUUCCACACGCGCCGUUCGAUUCUGCAUGGCCGAGGAGACGAAGCAAGAAACAGCCGCCGCCGCGGCCGAGGUGGCCGUGACGGAGUCGGAGAAGAAGGCGGAGGACCCCGCUCCGGUGGAGGAGAAGAAGGUGGACAAGCCCGAGCCGGCGGAGGAGAAGGCCGUGGAGGCGGAGAAGAAGGCCGACGACGAUUCGGAGGAGGAGAAGAAGGCGGAGGAGGCGGUCGCGGCGGACGAGGCGCCCGUGAUCGACGGGACCGGGUCGUUCAAGGAGGAGAGUAACCUGGUGUCCGAGCUCCCCGACCCGGAGCGCACGGCGCUCGCGCAGCUCAAGGAGCUCGUCGCCGCCGCGCUCGCCAACGGGGAAUUCGACCUGCCCCCGGCCCCGGCCCCGCGGGUUCAGCCCGCCGCCGCGGCGCCUUCGGCGGAGGAGACCAAGCCGGAGGAGCCGGUCAAGGAGGAGGCAAAGGACGAGGCGCCGGUCAAGGAGGAGGAGCCUAAGCCCGAGGUGAUGGCCGCGGAAGAGCCCAAGACGGAGGCGCCCGCGCCUGAGGAGCCCAAGGUUGAGGCUUCCACGCCGGAGGAGCCCAAGGCUGAGGAGCCUGCCAAGGAGGAGCCCAAGUCUGAGGAGCCCGCCAAGGAGGAGCCCAAGGCUGAGGCGCCGGCGGAGGCAGCGGCCGAGGAGCCCAAGGCUGAGGCGGCGGCCGAGGAGCCCAAGCCAUCUGAACGGGAGCCGGAAGAGAAGACCGUCGUGGUCGCCGAGGAGGACGGCACCAAGACGGUGGAAGCCAUCGAGGAGACCGUUGUCCCCGCCGCGUCUGAGCCAGCCGCGGCCGUUGAGGCUGAGGCCGCGCCGGCGCCGGCGGCCGAACCGAAGGAGGAGCUGAUCUGGGGGGUGCUGCUGGUGGGCGACGACGAGCGCACGGACACGGUGCUGCUCAAGUUCCUGCGCGCGCGGGAGUUCAAGGUGAAGGAGGCCAUGUCAAUGCUCAAGUCGGCGGUGCUGUGGCGCAAGCGCUUCGGCAUCGACGAGCUCCUGGGCACCGACCUCGGCCUGCCGGAGAUGGAGAACGUGGUGUUCUACCGCGGCGCCGACCGCGAGGGCCACCCCGUCUGCUACAACGUCUACGGCGAGUUCCAGGACAAGGAGCUGUACGAGAAGGUCUUCGGCGACGAGGAGAAGCGGGAGCGCUUCCUCAAGUGGCGCAUCCAGCUCCUCGAGCGCGGCAUCCGGGAUCAGCUGGAUUUCUCGCCCAGCGGCAUCUGCUCCAUGGUGCAGGUCACCGACCUCAAGAAUUCGCCGCCCAUGCUCGGCAAACACCGCACCGUCACCCGCCAGGCACUCGCGCUGCUCCAGGACAACUAUCCCGAGUUCAUCGCCAAGAAGGUGUUUAUCAAUGUGCCAUGGUGGUACCUUGCAGCAAACAAAAUGAUGAGCCCAUUCCUCACUCAGCGCACCAAGAGCAAGAUCAUCUUUUGCAGCCCUGGCAAGUCCGCGGAGACCCUUUUCAGAUACAUUGCUCCGGAGCAAGUUCCCGUCCAAUUCGGUGGCCUCUACAAAGAGGAUGACACUGAGUUCUCCACCUCUGAUGCUGUCACCGAGCUCACUGUCAAACCAUCCUCCAAAGAAACCAUUGAGAUUCCUGCCACUGAGAACUCCACGGUUGUGUGGGAGCUCCGUGUGCUUGGAUGGGAGGUGAGCUACGGUGCUGAAUUCACCCCUGACGCAGAGGGUGGCUACACCAUCAUCGUGCAGAAGACAAGGAAAGUGCCCGCCAAUGAAGAGCCGAUCAUGAAGGGUAGCUUCAAGGUUUGCGAGUCCGGCAAGGUUGUGCUCACCGUCAACAACCCAGCAUCCAAGAAGAAGAAGCUACUGUACCGGUUCAAGGUGAAGAGCACCGCUGAAUCUGCCUGAGGUUCCAGCUGCUUGACUCAACACAUUCGAUCAUCAACUAGGUCCACAGGUCCAUAUCGCCACCAUUUGAACGUGUUGCAUGAUAGAAGAGGACAAUAAGGGUCUUUAGGGCUAUUUUGUGUUUGGUUCUUUGAUUUGUUGGCUUGCAGUUUUUUGGGGUCACAUUUGUAUGUGUUUUACUUAAAACCAAAGUGAGCUUGUUCUAUGAGAAUGAGAUAGCUUGGAGAAUGUGGGGAAGCAUGAGAUGGGGAUGAUCAUGAGGUCAGGAGGGGGUACCGUUGAAGGAAGGAGUGAAAAAUAGUUGUUGCUCUGUAUAUCUGUCUGUACAUUUCAUCCAUGGAUUCUCUUUCAUCAACAUGUUGAUUUUAGAAAGCA